GGCAGGUAUAAAAGGCAGCCCCAGUCCCUGCUCUCUCAAUCCACUUCUCUUGCCUCCUCCUGCUUGGGAACCAGACAUGUCCUGCUCCACCUCGUGCCGUCCCUGCCAGCCCUGCGGGCCCACCCCGCUGGCCAACAGCUGCAAUGAGCCCUGUGUCAGGCAGUGCCAGGACUCCACUGUGGUCAUCGAGCCUCCUGCUGUGGUGGUGACCCUGCCCGGGCCCAUCCUCAGCUCCUUCCCACAGAACACCGUGGUGGGAUCCUCCACCUCCGCUGCCGUUGGCAGCAUCCUCAGCUGUGACGGAGUGCCCAUCAACUCCGGGGGCUUUGACCUCUCCUGCAUCACCAAGCGCUACGGUGGCAGGAGGGGCCUCCCCUGCUAA